AUGUGGCGGAGCUCUUGGCGUGCAGCAGCUCGCGCUGCCCCACGCAUCGGUGCUCGACACCUGUCCACCGCCAAGGCAGGUGCAGGCGGCCGCCGCUUUGUAGUGGGCUCUUUGUCGGGCGUUUACGCUGUCGCUGGAGCCGGACUCGCAGCGGCUGCAGUCAUUACCUACGACACGCGAGAGGAAGGGGCGCUGUUGGAGGCGCGUACCGGGAGGAACAGCGUGUUGUCGCGCAACUUUAUCGCCGACGCUGUAGAGAAGGCGUUCCCGGCUGUGGUCAACAUCGCAGUUGACUCAGGCUACGUCACGAGCAAUGGGUCGGGAUUCAUCAUCUCGAAGGAAGGUCUGAUUGUGACGAACGCCCACGUUGUCGCGAGGUGCAAUCGUUACUCUAAAAUUCAGGUGACGUUCGCGGAUGGCAGCAACUACCCUGCUGUGAUCCACAGCGCCGACACUCUUUCGGACAUAGCUCUUCUGCAGAUCAAGUCGGACGAUGUGAAGGAAUGGCCCAUGAUAUCGAUCGGAUCGUCGUCAGAGUUGCGUGCUGGUGAGUGGGUGUGCGCGCUCGGCAGCCCGUUUUCACUGCAGAACAGUGUGAGCGCCGGCAUCAUCAGCGCCGUAGCUCGGCACAGCAGCGAGCUGGGGUAUCCGCAAAAGGGAGGCGAGUACAUCCAGACGGAUGCGGCCAUUAACGCAGGCAACUCUGGUGGUCCGCUCAUCAACCUGGACGGCGAAGUGAUCGGCAUCAACACUAUGAAAGUGGAUGGCAGUGUGGGCAUCUCAUUCGCCAUCCCGGCCGACACGGCGGUCCAAGUGAUCGAGCAGCUCCGCAAGCACAAGAAGGUGGUGCGCCCGUACAUCGGCAUGCAGAUGAUCAACUUCAACACGCGAGAGCUUAGGGAGAUCGGCCGAUUGUUCCCGGACGUGAAGGAAGGCGUGAUUGUCAAGUCUGUUGCGCCUGGCUCGCCCGCCCACAAAGGAGGCCUGCUUCCCGGCGACGUGAUCGUCUCGUUCGACGGGAAGAAGGUGCACAGCACUAAGGACAUUUUGACCACGGUGGGCUACAGUAUCGGCCGCCAUAUUCCCGUGCAGGUGAAGCGCCGCGGAGAAAAGAAUCUCGUGAAGCUUCAGGUCACGACCGAGCCGCUGCCGGCGCCGAUCCAGCAUUUCCGCGGCUAGAGUGUCGAUGUUGAAGUGGAGAUGGCUACACUAAAAUUUCGUAAAGACAAAAAUGGAUUUUCACUCAUGUGGU